CCUCUGUCCUCCCAGGUCUUCUCCCUGGACAGCCCGGGCUCCUUCCACACCUUCUUCAGCCCCCAUUCCUCAGCCAACAAGACCAAGCUGAUGGAGACCCUGGCCGAGCAGAUCGCCACACUCUGCGCCACGCUGAAGGAGUACCCCGCCGUGCGCUACCGCAAGGGCCCGGAGGACAACGCGGCCUUCGCCGAGAUGGUGCUGGACCGGCUGAAAGCCCACAAGGCGGACAACCCCAGCAUGGGAGAGGGUGCUGACAAGGCCCGAUCCCAGCUUCUGAUCGUGGACCGCGGCUACGACCCCAUCUCCCCCAUCCUGCACGAGCUGACCUUCCAGGCCAUGGUGUACGACCUGCUGGACAUUGAGCAUGACAUCUACAAGUACGAGACGACGGGGAUCGGGGAGUCCCGAGAGAAGGAGGUCCUGCUGGAAGAGGACGACGAGCUGUGGGUCCAGCUCAGACACAUGCACAUCGCCGACGUCACCAAGAAAGUUACGGAGCUGUUGAAGAAUUUCUGUGAGGGCAAAAGAAUGAACACCGACAAGGCCAACAUCAAAGACCUGUCUCAGAUGCUGAAGAAGAUGCCGCAGUACCAGAAGGAGCUGAGCACGUACUCCACUCACCUGCACCUGGCCGAGGCCUGCAUGAAGAAAUUCAGGAGCAACGUGGACAAGCUGUGCGAAGUGGAGCAGGAUCUGGCAAUGGGAAAAGAUGCAGAGGGGGAGCCCAUCAAGGAUCCCAUGAAGACCAUCGUCCCCGUGCUCCUCAAUGCGGAGAUCAAACCCUACGACAAGAUCCGCAUCAUCUUGCUCUACAUCUUCCUGAAGAAAAAAGGGAUCGCUGAGGAGAACCUCACCAAGCUCAUCCAGCAUGCCAACAUCCAACAGGACAGCAACAUCAUCACCAACCUGCAGAAACUGGGCUGCCCCAUCAUAGCUGGGGGGGCGAACGCCGGGAACACCUUACCAGACAGGAAGGAGCGCAGGGAGAGCACCUACCAGCUCUCCCGCUGGACGCCCAUCAUCAAGGACGUGAUGGAGAACGCCAUAGAGGACAAACUGGACAGGAAGGCCUGGCCGUUCAUCUCUGACCCCAUCCCUACGGCCACCACGCAGGCUGCCGUGAGCAGUGCCCGGUUCGGACACUGGCACAAGAACAAGACGGCAACAGAGUAUCGCUCUGGGCCGCGGCUGAUCGUCUUCACCAUUGGCGGUAUGGCACACUCCGAGCUGCGUGCGGCUUAUGAGGUGACCCGCGCCACCGACAACAAGUGGGAAGUGCUCAUGGGGUCCACCCACAUCCUGACACCCACCCACUUCCUGGAUGACCUGAAAAAGCUGGAUCAGCCUCAGCAGAUGGAUUGAGGCUCCCGCCAAAUCCUGCAGCUAGGAUUUCACACCCGCGGUCCAGAUCUCCUCUCCAAAAUUCUCUGCCCCCCCUCCACCCAGACCUGAAUAAACCUGUCUCUGUCUCUGUACCUCUGUAUUAAUUUCUGUCUGUAUCUCCAACCCCAACCCUAACCCUCUCCUGGACCUGCAGAAACCUGUCUCUACACCUGUCUGCUCAUGUCUGUCUGUAACUCAAACCCUAACCUUUCCCCCAGACCUGAAUAACUCUGUCUCUGUCUCUGUCUCUGUCUCUGUCUCUGUCUCUGUCUCUGUCUCUGUCUCUGUCUCUGUCUCUGUCUCUGUCUCUGUCUCUGUCUCUGUGCCUCUCUGUUCAUUGAUUGAUGGAGAGGAGAUACAGUCUGUCCGUAUCUCAAACCCUAACCCUACUGUGAUUCCUAACCCUCUACCACACCUCUCUGUCUCUGCCCCUCUCGGCUCAUGUCUGUCCGUACUGAAAAGGAAUGUCUUCACCGCUAUCGGGCCGUGACACCACGAGCAAACGUGAACGCGUCUCUGUGCCUUAGAAACACCGCAAGUCUUUUUGUCUGCCGCAGAUCGAGCCUGAAGGCACCACUUGAGCUUCUUGUUCAAACCUAUCUUGUUCAAACCGUUCUCUUCAAGGGGAAAAGAGGGCUGAGCCCACACUUGCUUCCCUAGUUUCCGUGCCUGUCGGUCAGCGCGUCGUGAGAUCGAGGCAGUCGAGGGCUGAGCGUGUUCCUGCUCCGGCCUGGCGCGCCCAGAAAGAGACAUCAAGUCUUCUGAUUCCCUCGACCUCGCAUGCGAUGGACCGAUUUCUUUCCUGUUCUCUUUCGAUACCAUAUUAAUAGAUUCAAUACGAGUUUUUAGGAAGAAUCUUUGAGAAGAGACCUUUGAUCUAAGAGCUGGAAAUCCAUGAUCCAUGAGCGGAUCUCUCGAAGUGCGUUGCUUUACAGAGCUCCUUCUGGCCCCGGUUUUUGACUCGGCAUGUGUUUUGUCUCUGCUUUUCAAAAUUGUGACCCGACUUUCUUCUGUAAUUGUCAGGGUUUUUUUAACACUGUGCUGGCAUCCCCGGUGUUGUAGAAACACCUUAUUUCCUCAUCUCAAAUCUUGAUCCGGGAAGAGCUUCAGGGCAGAGCCAUCAGAUUUCCAUCCUGCCCAGCUCCCAAUGGCUUAGCUGAUCAAAUAAUAGUCUUAAUAAACUCAGAUCACAGUGACCUUGAACCCUUGACUGAAGGUGUAUGAGAAUGCCUGGGAUUCUGUUCAGACCAGAUCUGGGGUCUCGGACUCUGUUCUUCCUGCUUCUUGUGUCAACCCGAGUUGUCUGUUAAACACUUAACCUUGUUACCGUCUUAUGCAUUGUAUAGGAUGUUCCUUAACGUCUUUUACAGUUCAUAACUCAGAAUAUUCAAUUCAUUAAAACGACAGUUCCCUAUAUAAAAUAUUUUGAAGCCACGUGUGAAAUACCACAGUUGCGCUGCCCAAUUGACAUAAUUAGAUGCUCCAUAAUAACCUGAGAGCUCAAUGGAACAAUACCCAGAGGACACUGGGCCCUCCAGGACUCUUGACACCCUGGGUCUAGAUUAACAGUGACCUUUAAUCCCUGGCUGAGGACUGGGUAUGUGCAGGACACCAGAAUGAUGACAAAAAGGUCCUGCAGCUGCCAGUGAUCAGGAAAGAAAAAGAAUAGCUCAAUAAUGAAGGAAGCAGUUUAGCCACCUGUUUAGAUUUAGAGUCUUUUUAUCAUUGUUCACCUGUUGUCACGCUUUAAUCAAAUCUGUGGUGUACAUAUUUAUUAUUUGAAAUUGAAAAAUAAAAUUCUAAAUAUAUAUGCUUAUACUGAAAUAUAUCUAAAUCUCUGUGUGUCUCGUGAUCUGUGCAGAAUGCAGUAGACUGAGUAACUGCUUCCCUCUGUCCUAUAACCUUCCUGUCCAAUGAUCUGUGACCCUGUGACCAAGUGCCUGGGUCUGUCCUCUUUCUGUUCAGGGUAUGCAGGACUGUCACAAGAGAUGGCCUGGCCGGAAAAAGGCUCUUCUGUUCCAUAGCACUCCGUUCCAUACUACUGUUUUCUGAGUCUGUGCCCCAGCUAAUUCCAGACCAAAACUAACUCAGGGAUCAUGCCUGCUGGGAUGGCCAGUCUGAAUCCCGGAGACCACCACCGUCCUCUGAAUUCAGAGACAGGGGCCCGAGACUGGGACAGGAUUAAUUAGAAUUUAGUGUAAGACCUCGGAAUCAGCCAAAGACUGGAGUCAGAGACAAGAGUCUUGUUUUUACCUUGUUACCGGAAUAUAAAAGAGCAAACAAGCUAUUGGAGAACUCCUGGGUCAGGACAGAUGAAAAUAGCUUAUUUGUCCUGAUUGAUUUAGCUGAGAUUGGAUCCAUCAUGGCUGUAUGCCCCCAUGCUGAAUCGUACAGUUCUUAACCUUCCCCAGCUGAGCAAUGCUACGCGGUUAUGUCCUGCUAAUGAAACCAUGCACCCUAGCUUUUAUAGUAAUGAUUUUGAAACAGUAGAAGAGAGAGUACUAUCUGGAUAGCUUUGUGUGACGAUUGUCUUUUUUAGCUUUUUGGUAUUUGCAACAAGUACAGAUUAACUCCCAAUGCCCCCUCCUGAUCUGAUCUGAUCACUUCUAAUGGAAUUGGCAACUCCUGGGUUUGCGGUUUCCACUGGGAAGUUAGAUUUACAGAGCCCUGCGGUACCAAAACGAGCAGCAAAAACAACUGGAACACAACACGGGCCACAAAAGGCAGGUGGCACUAACACACACCUGGCAAUGCCUGUGGAUCUUGCUCAGGGGAUUGACCUAGACAGUCUUGUCAAUGGCAGAUUCCUAUAACUGCAGCAGGGGAUUUGUGACGCGUUGCAAAAGAAUUGUAUGGAGCAAACAGAAUCAGCUGUUCAAAAAGUGCGGUGAAAAGGCUUUGGUGCUCAUACUGGGACCUGUAUCUGGGACACAUUCUGUAUGGGGGGGCGGGGGGGGGUGCUCAUUCUAAUGAGGCCAGGCUCUGUAAAUCUAGCAUACACCUCCGGCUAUUGUCCUGCACAUUCCAGUGGUACAUGCCAACUCCAGAUCAAUGGUAGUUAUUAACAAACUGAAUCCUUGUGACUUAUUCAGAGGAUGUUUGAGUAACGGUGAAUCAAGACAAUAAGUAAGUGUGAGAUAUGGAUGUUUUUUUAUCUAACUUUUAACAGUUCAAAAUAAAAAAAGGAUUUAGGGUGGUUUAGUAUUUAUUGAAGAAAUAAGAAUACAAGCUCCCUGUGAGUGGGGCUUUGAUGAAACAGUUUUGUGUAUUGCUUCUUGAAUGCCAGUGAAAUUGUCUGAAUUCACUCACCAGAGAGUCUGUCUCCAAUCUGUGUUUAUUUUGUUAUUGCAAAGAAUUGAUUAAAUAAAUCUGUGUUCUGAAUUUG